AUGUCGUUUACCCUCACCAUCCGCGCUGGGCCUGCGCGCCUGGCUUCGCGGAUUCCCGAGUUCGCAAAGGCCUCGAGCGGUCCUGCCGCCGCCAUCCGGGCUUUCCACAAGUCUGCGCCCCAGACCACCAAUUUCUUCACCUCGAGGACGACCGCUCCCUCGCUCAUCGCCCAGAAGCCCGCUGCCAACGGCCUCCUCGCUCGUCUCCAGGGCGCCCGCCGCGGUUACCAGUACCAGUCUCACUCCCAGCCCCAGCAGGACAAUGGCCUGUUGAUGCGCAAGCUCCUCGUCGGCGGCGCCAUGGUCGGUGGCACCUGGGUUACUCUGCAGUUCAUGUUCAACCGGGAGACUCGCGCGGACGGCGGCAUGCCCGCUUUCGAGAGUUCGUACCUCAACAGGACCUUCAUGCACACUGGACUCGGCAUCGGCAUCAUCGGUCUGUCGGCCUACCAGAUGCUCCAGACUGGUUUCACCUAUCGUCUCAUGGCUACCAACCCUUGGGUUGUCGCUAUCGGUGGUCUCGCUCUCUCUUUCGGUUCCAUGCUUGCUACUCGCGCCAUUGACGCUGACAACUACAUUCCCAAGUAUGCCUGCUGGACCCUCUUCAACGCCACCCAGGCCGCCUUUGUCGCUCCUCUCCUCGCUAUGGCUCCUCCCGCUCUCCUCGCUCGCGCCGGUCUCUACACUCUCGCCAUGAUGGGCUCCAUCUCCUUCAUCGGUGCCACUGCCAAGCAGGAGAAGUACCUCUACAUCGGUGGUCCUCUCCUCGCUGGUGCUGCCAUUGUCGCCGUCUCUGGUUUCGCUCCUCUCGUCCUCCCCGCCACCGCCGUCCGCACCCUCGCCUUCACUGAGAGCCUCUGGCUCUAUGGUGGCCUUGCCGUUUUCGGUGGCUUCACCCUCUAUGAUGUCCAGAAGGUUCUCUACCACGCUCGUCUCGCUCAGGCUGGUGUCAUCAAGGAGGAUCCCGUCAACGAGUCCAUUUCGCUUGAGCUCGACUUCCUGAACAUCUUUGUUCGCAUGGUCCAGAUCCUCAUGAUGCAGCAGAACCGCAGGAAGUAA